AUUUUUCCGAGCUUGUAGUAUCUGUUCCUUCCUCUCUCUCCAUGUUCCAUCUUCAAUGCCAGCACAACCCUUAAUCUUUCUCCACCGAUUCAUUUCGUUAGAAACUCUAAACCCAGUUUAAAUUUGUAUUCUUUUUUACUUUGUGUUUUAGGUGGAAAAGUUUCUGUCUUUGGAAAGAGAGUGAACCCAUUCUUCUUUAGGAAAGCAAUAAUGGCGACGGCUUUUCUCGCCGGAAUCGUGUUAGCCGCCUUGAUUUUGCCCGUGCCGGUGGUUCUAUGCGAGUUUCCGAUUACUUUAAAGCUGGAGAGGUCGAUUCCUCCUAAUCACCAACUCGAGCUGAGUCAACUCAGAGCUCGUGACGCGGCCAGGCACGGUAGGUUGUUGCAGUCUGCCGGUGGGGUCGUGGAUUUUCCUGUUUCUGGGACCUAUAAUCCGUUUCUGGUUGGGCUUUAUUACACGAAAUUACAGCUAGGUUCUCCACCACAGGAAUUUCAUGUGCAGAUUGAUACUGGAAGUGAUGUUUUAUGGGUCAGUUGCAACUCCUGCAAUGGUUGCCCACAAACAAGUGGACUUCAGAUUCAGCUCAAUUUCUUUAACCCACGGAGCUCAUCAACGGCUGCAUUCGUCUCUUGUUCAGACCAAAUGUGCAGUUUAGGACUUGAAUCAUCAGAUUCUGUGUGUUCAUCUCCACAUAAUCAAUGUAGUUACACAUUCCAGUAUGGAGAUGGCAGUGGGACAUCAGGCUACUAUGUCUCUGAUUUGUUGCACUUUGAUACAAUUCAUGAGGGCUCCAUCACAACAAAUUCUACUGCAACCAUUAUGUUUGGGUGUAGCACCGUACAGACUGGUGACUUGACAAAGUCAGAUAGAGCUGUUGAUGGGAUCUUUGGGUUUGGACAGCAAAGUUUGUCAGUUGUCUCGCAACUUGCUUCACAAGGAAUAGCACCAAAAGCAUUUUCCCACUGCUUGAAAGGGGAUAAUAACGGUGGAGGUGUACUGGUUCUUGGAGAGAUUCUAGAGCCAAAUAUAGUUUAUACCUCGCUGGUCCCAUCACAGCCCCAUUAUAACCUCAAUCUACAAAGUAUUUCUGUUAAUGGUCAACGGUUAGCAAUUGAUGAAUCAGUUUUUGCAACAUCAACCAACACAGGAACAAUAAUUGAUUCUGGGACAACUUUGGCAUACCUUCCAGAAAGAGCUCAUGGUGUCUUUGUCAGUGCUAUCAGAAGCACCAUUCCACAAUCUGUGCAGUCUGUUGUCUCCAAGGGAAACCAAUGCUAUUUAAUCACCUCCAGUGUCAAUGACAUAUUUCCUCAAGUUAGUCUCAACUUUGCUGAUGGAGCAUCCAUGAUUUUGAAUCCUCAGGAUUAUGUUGUACAGCAGAACUCUAUUGGUGGUGCUGCAGUUUGGUGCAUUGGCUUUGAUAAAAUUCCAGGGCAAGCAGUAACAAUUUUAGGAGAUAUUGUUCUAAAGGACAAAAUCUUUGUUUAUGAUCUGGCCAACCAACGGAUUGGAUGGGCUAACUAUGACUGUUCACAAUCAGUUAGUGUCUCGAUGACUGCUAAGAAUGGGAGAAGUGAAUCCAUCAACGCAGGACAGUUGAGUGACAGUUCACCACAGAACAUUCCAAAGAGCACCACAGCUUUCUUUAUGCAUCUAUUUAUGCUUGUCAUUGUACUAUUUUUGUAGCAUACAUAUAUCACAAACAAUGAGAGAAGUUUGAAAUUCUUCUCCAUUCCAUGGCAUAUUCUCUUGCUUAGUUACUAUGUCUGUAGAUAUCAUUGAUAUCAUUAUUUUCAUGAUUUAUUUUUCUUCUGCAGCCAUAAGCUGUGUUCAGUGCCUAGUGUUGAUGAGGAUUACAAUAUUUUUGUUAGGGUAACUUUCUUGACAGCAUUGUAAGUUACACCCAUACACGGGAUCAUUGGUUUAAUGACAUGUAUUACUGAU